AUGAAGGACAUGGUCAUAAAGAUGAUGAAGAGCAUGCUCCUUCUCCUCAUUUUGCUGGGAGUAGUAUCUGGAAGAAGAACCCAGUUGCUUAAGGGCUUACCUGCAACAAGCACUGUUGAAGAAAAUUCAGCAGCUGGUGUUUCAGUUUAUACCUUUAAUGUAACUGUUUCUCCAUUGUCUUCUGAAGGUGUUGCAAUACUUCCUACCAUAGUAAAUUCAAAUCCACUUACAGAGGCUUUUGAUAUUGAAUCCAACGGAGAUCUCGAAUAUAGGGUUGUUACCACUGGAAAUCCUGUCCUAGAUUAUGAAACUAUGCCAAAGAGCUUUGAUUUACAGAUUUUCGUUGAAGACACAACUGGGAGAACUGACCUUAGCAUACUGACGGUCCGUGUAACAGAUAAAAAUGAACGUCCUGUAUUUCAAGGAAAUAUGGCAAUUCAAACUGUAACGAUCUAUGUCUUGGAAGGAACACCUGCAGAACGCAUUUACAAAGUUGAUGCAGCUGAUCCCGAAAAUGCUGAACUCAAAUAUUCACUGCUCCCUGCAGUAGUUCCAUUCAUGGUCUCGGAAAGCGGAGCCAUUUUUUCCACAAAAAAAUUAGAUUAUGAGAAGGAUCCACAUUGUUACUUUUUAAAUAUAACAGUGACAGAUCCAGAUGGACUCAACUCGACUAAAACAGUGAAUAUAAAUAUAAUUAACAUCAAUGAUGAAAGACCUUACUUUACCACACAACAAAGAAUCUACAGGAUUCCAGAGGAGCAAAGCCCAGGCACUGUUGUUGCCAAUAUAACUGCUAAAGAUCCUGAUGAUGAGGACUCUCCCAGCAGACUUUUCUACAGCAUCCAGUCUUCUGACAAAUAUUUCUCCAUAAAUCCAUCGACUGGAGUGCUGCAGGUGACUGGGAGGAUUGACCGAGAUGCCCUUCCGCUGCGGCUCCAUCCUAAUGUUUCAGUGAUAGUCCGGGUGGAGGACAGUCCCAGCGGCGGACACACCAGCGAAAUGGAGAUCACAAUCAUUAUUGAUGAUAUCAAUGACAACCCACCAGAAUGCAAUCCUUCUACCUUCAGGAAAGAGGCAAAUGAAAAUGCAACUGCUGGGACAUUUCUUCUUGAUCUUAGAAAUUACUGUAAAGAUAUUGAUGUUGAUCCCUCAAACAACCGAUUUAAUUUCACUGGAUUAUCUGGUUUUGGAAGCAAUAACUUUGCUCUGGAGUCCACUGUGUCUGGAAGACUUGUGAUGACUGAAAGUAUUGAUUUAGAAAACCCAGAUAAUCAAGGAGUUGAAGUUUAUUCUUUGACUGUCAGGGUACAAGAUAUUGCCUGUCCUGACUACUCAAAUAUCAUCUACAUUUACAUCAGGAUAAAGCCAGUGAAUGAAUUUUUUCCAGUCUUCAGUAAUUUAUCAUAUGAAUUUAAUGUCCCAGAAAUUACUAGAGGUACA